AUGGCCGAGCUGCUACAGACCCACCGACGAGUCGCUUUGUCGACCUCCAGCACCGGAGUUCUUCUGCCAAUCCGCCCUCCAGCAUAUAAGAAUGUGCCCAGGACCCAUGGUCAUCGAGCAGUUCUUCCAGAUAUAUCAACUCUUACCAACAUGGAGGACCCCGCAAUCGAAGGUGUCCUUAAUCGAAUUCAUUCAUUGGAUGAUCUUUCCGCCGAGGAUCUUAUUGAGCUGAGACGUGUCUCUGAGCGUUCCUUUGCUAUUGACAAGUUCAAACUCGACGAAGUCGGCAGUAUCUGUAGUGUCGAGUAUGAUGCACAGAAUGCACGCAUUAUCUUGAGAGGAGGCCCAGAAUGGAUGCAUGAGGCUGCACCUGCCUUGAUUGGUGAAUUUCUAGGGUUAUUACGAGACAGGUUGAGUGCCGCUACUGGCUCACGCUACUUUUUGACUGGCAGUAUAGAUUGUGCUUUGGCCGGCGACUUUGCCGAAUCUACAAAACAAGCAGUUGCAUCUCUUCAGCAGUUUGGAGCUAAAUGGCUAGCUGUGGUUCUUGAGGUCGGCAUUAGUGAACCCACAAGCAAGCUCUAUCAGGAUGCAAAGCGAUGGUUGAAAGGUAGCAAUCGUCAAACCAAACUUGUGAUACUUGUUGAUGUUCAAGAAAAACCGAGAUGGAAGACUUCAAGCAAUAAUUGGAGUUUAUCUGAAAUUGAUUUUCAGCAAAUCAACCAUGACAAGCUCUCUGAUCAUAUAUUCCAGUGGUACCGAUCCAAGCAAAUUCUCCUCCAUGGUAGCUUCAACCUAUCUGUACAUUUGUGGUACAGUGAUGAUGAUAAACAAUGUAUUUUGAAUAAGGCUGUCUUUUUACCAGGCAACUUGAUCGACCUCACAACUAUCCAAGAUGUUCCUUUUGAGGUUGGAGCAUCUCAUGCCUGGUGGAAGUGA